UGGCGAACUGUAUUCGUCGAAAGCUUUGUAAUAAUAAUUAUUAAAUCAUAUUUAUCAUUUUGAAAUUCAUCAAAUCAUCAAAAAUAUGAUCAUUUACAUUUAUUUAUUAUUUGAAGAAAAAAGCAUGAAUUUGGAAUUGAACGUUUUAUUCGUAAUGAAUUCGACCAAUUCUAACCAACUACAUAUAUGUACUGAUAGAAUAGUGGCACCAUCACCAUCUAUAACUGUACAUUAUCAUUUUCUAUAAGAACAUCUACAUGGAAAAAUGAAAGAAAAAUAAAAUAAAAGAACAUAAAAUGAAUUUAUGCGUACAAAUAAAUAAUUUUUUAAAGUUUCAUAUAACAUAUGAUAAUCUAUUCAUUAUUGAAGAAAAAUCCCAUUUAAAUUACAUUUAUUAGAAAGAAUAUUAAUAAAAAUUUUUUAGAUGAAACUUUGCAAAUCAAACAUAAUCAAGCAUAUUGUCUUUCGAUGGAUAAUCAAGGUCCCACCACAAAUAGAUCACAAUUUUUUAUUACAAUAUCCAAAGCAGAACAUCUUGAUGGUAAACAUGUCGUUUUUAGUCAUGUUAUAUCUGGUCAAUCGGUAGUCGAUACUAUUCAGAAUAUUUCAGUUGAUUCAAAUAGGCGACCAUUACAAGAUGUUGUUAUAGUUCACUGUGGACAACUUAUUCUUGAUUCAACAAAAAUUUCUGUUGAAGAAGAAAAUAAAAAUGAUCAAUUAACAAAUACAACUAUUGAAAAAUCAAAUGAAAUAUCUGAUCACGAGAUAAGGGUACCUAAAAAAACAAUUGAUCUCGAUGUAAUAUCAAAAAUACCUGUUGCUAGAUUUUUUAUACAAAAGAAUUUAAAUGAUGAUGAUGAUGAUGAUGGUAAUAAUAAUGGAACAUCACAUACUAGUGCAAGUGAUUAUCUUUCAUCAAAAAGAAUUGAUUCAAGUGGUCGAUCAAUUAAAGGUCGUGGUUCUGUAGUAUUAUAUCGAAUUUUUUAUUUAAUUUAA